CGCCCUCCAUAUUCCCCCGAGCCAGACUGUCGUGUAUCCCACCCACUCGCUACUCUGCAAUCUCUCCUCUACCCAACCAGAGGAUAAGAUAAGCCGCCCCGAAUCCUGCCUCCGCCUCCAUCGCUGAUGGGCCAGUCGUCGUCCUCGCCGGCCUCCCUACCCGGCCGCCGCGACUCCGACUCCGACUCCGACUCCGACCCCGACCCCGACCUCGGCGGCCACUCGGUUUCCAAGUCGAAGGCCGUGAUCUGGCCGUUGCUCGGGGAGGCAGCCGGCGAGUCCGCCGCCCCCGAUCUCUCCGUCUCCAUUUCCGAUCUCCCCGACGAGUGCCUGGCCUGCGUCUUCCAGUUCCUAGGCUCCAGCGACCGGAGUCGGUGCUCCCUCGUGUGCCGCCGCUGGCUCACGGUCGAAGGUCAGAGUCGCCACAGGCUCGCUCUCAAUGCUCAGUCGGAGCUGUUGGACGUGGUGCCGGCGCUGUUCGCUCGGUUCGACUUGGUCACGAAGCUCGCGCUCAAGUGCGACCGCAAGUCGCUGAGCAUCGGCGACGACGCGCUCGUGCUGAUCUCGCUCAAGUGCAGGAACCUCACGCGCCUCAAGUUGCGAGGCUGCCGUGAGCUCACGGACACGGGGAUCGCGGUCUUCGCGAGCAAUUGCCGGGGGUUGAGGAAGCUCUCGUGCGGAUCUUGUGUGUUCGGAGCCAAAGGCAUGAACGCCGUGCUCGAUCACUGUGCCGCGCUCGAAGAGUUAUCUGUGAAGCGGCUUCGGAGUCCCGCUGAAGGAGCUACGACCGAGCCUAUUGGGCCUGGCGCGGCUGCGGCUUCCCUCAAAACAAUUUGCUUGAAGGAGCUUUACAAUGGGCAAUGCUUCGGUCCGCUGAUCAUCGGUUCGAAGAACUUGAGGACGUUGAAGCUGGUGAAAUGUUUUGGAGAUUGGGACACGGUGCUCCAAGUUAUGGUGGAGAGGGUCACAAAAAUAGUGGAGAUCCAUCUGGAGAGGAUCCAGGUAAGUGAUUUUGGCAUUGCCUCGCUAUCUAAUUGCUCGGAUCUUGAGAUACUGCAUCUGUUAAAGACGCCACAGUGUACAAACUUAGGGCUGGUAUCGGUUGCCGAGCGUUGUAAGUUAUUGAGGAAGCUCCACAUUGAUGGGUUGAAGCUAAACCGCAUUGGUGACGAUGGUUUGAUUGCCGUCGCAAAGCAUUGCCCUAAUUUGCAAGAGCUUGUUCUCAUCGGUCUCAAUCCUACUGAAUCGAGCUUGGAUUUGCUAGGAUCUAACUGUGGCACGUUAGAGAGACUGGCAUUUUGCAGUAGCGAUACAGUUGGAGAUCCUGAGAUUGUAUGCAUAGCGGCUAGAUGUAUGGUACUCAAGAAGCUUUGCAUAAAAAAUUGCCCUGUUUCGGAUGAAGGGAUGAAAGCAUUAGCCUCUGGUUGCCCUAAUUUGGUGAAACUGAAGGUUAAGAAGUGUGGUGGAGUGACUUCUGAGGGUGCAGGUUGGUUGAGAACGAGGAGGGAAUCAAUUGCAUUGAAUUUGGACUCCAGUGACCAAGAACAGAUGGAUGCAUUGGCCAGUGAUGGUGUAGUAGAAGAAAAUCAUGUGGAGUUUCCACCUGUACCCAGCCAAACAGCCGGCGCUCAUAUUGCAUCAUCUAGUGGCACCAGUCGGUCGUCUUCCUUUAAAUCAAGGUUGGGCAGUUUGAGCGGAAAGAAUUUAAUGGCAUGCACGUUCAGACGAUGGUCAAGUGGCAGAAAAGAUUCCUAAAAACAAAAUCUUAGGGGAAUCUCCUAACUGUCAGGGUAAACCAAUGACUGUCCCCUCGGUGCCUCAAGUUUGAAUUACUUCAUGGGUCUUUAGGUUUUGAACUUUGAUCUGCAGAUGAUCGGCUUCAUGCCAUCACUGACUGUUGUCCUAGCAUGCACAAACCUGUUCUAAUUGGUGCCUGUGUGACAAAAUCGUGCUUGAGUUUUGCUGGAAUUGAAUUGCCUGAGUUUAGAGUGGUUUAGCAAUCAGUGGUUAGUGAUACCAUUCCCUCUGCUAAAUGUACAGCUCUAGAGAAGCUUUGUAUGGAGAAUUUCCCAGUUUCAAUUAGGUGUAGAAGCACUACUCAGCUGUUGCCCAAGCUUGCCUGAGUUUUGAGAGCAAAC